CCAUGACUACAAAGAUAUUCUACCGUCAUCUUUUGCUUCAUGUAUUGCCUUGUCUACUGUUAUUACUGGGAAUCAGCAAUGCGGUGUCAAAAAGUGAAGACUACCAGACAUACAUCAUCCACAUGGACCAUUCUCAAAAGCCUGCAUCUUUCAUAACACAUGAGUCAUGGCACCUGUCAAUCCUAAAAUCAUUUUCAUAUCCUGCUGAUAAUAAAGAAAUGUUAUUGUACUCAUACAAUCAUGCCAUCCAUGGUUUCAGUGCCAGGCUGACACCCUCCCAACUGUCUGAAGUUGAGAAAUCUCCAGCUCACCUCGCUACAUACCCAGAGUCCUUUGGCAAGCUAUUCACCACUCACUCCCCGAAGUUUCUUGGACUAAAUGGUAACUCUGGCUUAUGGCCUGCUGCAUCAUAUGGUGCAGGUGUCAUCAUAGGAAUUAUUGAUACUGGAAUUUGGCCGGAGAGCGAGAGUUUCAAUGAGAAGGGAAUGCCGCCAGUGCCUCAACAAUGGAAGGGCCAGUGUGAGAAUGGAACAGCAUUUAGCCCUUCUAUUUGCAACAGGAAGCUCAUUGGUGCUCGCUCUUUUAGCAAAGGACUGCAAGCUGCGGGUAGAAAUAUCUCCAAGUUUGAAUAUGACUCACCAAGAGACUCCGAUGGUCAUGGAACUCACACAUCAUCCACAGCUGCUGGUAACCAUGUACAUGGUGCUAGUCACUUUGGAUAUGCAAAAGGCACAGCAAGAGGAGUAGCACCACGAGCACACGUCGCCAUGUACAAGGUCCUCUGGGCAACAGACACAUUUCAGAGUGCAACAAGUGAUGUACUUGCUGGCAUGGACCAAGCAAUUGCCGAUGGAGUUGAUAUCAUGUCAUUGUCUCUGGGCUUUGAACAGACACCUUAUUUCAAGGAUGUUAUCGCCAUUGCUUCUAUCUCAGCAGUUAAGAAAGGAAUUUUUGUUGUUUGUGCUGCAGGAAAUGAUGGAGGUCUUCAGACAACAUAUAACGGAGCACCUUGGAUCAUGACUGUAGGAGCUGGCACACUUGAUCGGAUUUUCCAUGCGUCAGUUACUCUCCAUAAUGGCGUAACCUUAAAAGGAAUAUCGUAUUUCCCAGAGAGCAUUUACAUUACUAAUAAACCAUUGUACUAUGGCAAAGACGAUGAAAACAAAGCAAUAUGCAACAGGAAAGCAUUAGAUCCAGAAGAGGUUACUGGAAAGAUUGUCCUCUGCGAUUAUACCACCGAAACUGACGUUUACGGACAACUGGUGGAGGUUGAGAGGGCAGGGGGAUAUGCAGCAAUCUUCUUGACAGAUUAUUCAGAUUUAGAUUCAAGUGAUUACAAGAUUCCCAGCAUGACACUGCCGACAUCUUCUGGGGUUUUGAUCCGACAGUAUGCGACGGGGGUAAGUGAACCAAAGGUUAAAAGGAUGCAGUUUAUUUUGACGGAGGUUGGUACAAAGCCAGCACCUCAAGUGGCCUUCUUUUCUUCAAGAGGACCAGACCCCAUCAACCCAGGUAUUCUAAAACCAGAUAUUCUGGCUCCAGGAGUUGAUGUGUUGGCAGCAGUUGCACCUAAUGUGCCCUACACUGAAGUUGGCAAUUACGAUUUGGUGACGGAUUAUGCAUUAUAUUCAGGUACAUCAAUGGCUGCUCCCCAUGUUGCUGGAGUCGGAGCGUUACUAAAAGCCGUCCAUCCUGAGUGGAGCCCAGCAGCCAUCCGAUCAGCUAUAAUGACCUCAGCUUAUACUAUUGACAAUACUGGUGCUAUUUUGAAAAAUGAAAUGGCUGGCUUUCCUGCCACACCAAUAGAUUUUGGGGCAGGUCAUAUCAACCCAAACAAAGCCAUGGAUCCUGGACUCAUAUAUGACUUAAACUUUCAAGAUUAUGUGGAGUUCCUAUGCGGUCUAGGCUACAAUGACAAACAGAUGAAAACUGUCCUUCGACAAAGUGAGUGGAAUUGUAGCCAAGAACCGAAUACCGACUUAAAUUACCCUUCUUUUAUCUUAUUAUAUAACAAUGAAACGGUAAAGAAUUUUAGCAGGGUUGUUACGAACGUGGGACAAGAAGAAUCAGCAUACCGUGCAAUUUUGGAGUUCCCAACUGGAAUGAGUAUUAGUAUAGAGCCUAGCACUCUAACAUUCACUCAGAAAUACCAGAAGCAGGAUUUUGUUCUAAGUGUAGAGAUUGACAGUGAAGCUCCAAGAAUGAUAUACGGUUAUCUCAGAUGGAUUGACCAACAUAACCACACAGUAUCAAGCCCUAUCAUGGCCAUCAAAAUCUAGCUACAACACAUUCAUUUUCAGAGUAUCAUGAUUUUCUGAAGCGAUUUUUAUAUUUAUACGAUCAUCAUCACCAUCAAUAAAUCAAUAAU